GAAAAACCCAGCAUGGCUCCCACUUGACAGAGAAGAGUCUCGUGUUAGAUCUUGCACCGUGAAUAUAAGAAGCUCUGUAUCGAUAUUACCGACAUGGAUAUAACUGAGGCACACGACGACACUUUCGGAAUAGAAGUUAUUCUUGAAGAGGGGAGUAAAACGGCGCCAUGUUGUCCGCAUGGUCCCACCCUGCUGUUUGAGAAAGUCGGUAAAAGAGGAGAGAAAGGCAGGAGGUUUUACGCCUGCUCGGCCUGCAGGGACAGAAAAGACUGCAAGUUCUUCCAGUGGGAAGAUGACAAGGUGUCAGAGGUCAGACUCUUGGCCCGAGAAGCAGAGAACAAGUCAAAGGGACCUCCGUACAGCCAGCAGGAGUACUGUAACAGGUUUAGAAAGUUCUCCUCCCUCCGUGUGGACGAGAAGAAGUUCUGUCAGGACUGUCAGACGCUGCUCCUGCCCACAGAGCACGAGGCUCACUCGUCUCACGGGACCUCGUACGUCACCGCUGCCCAGCUGAGGAGGCCCAGCGUGCUGCUGCGUCCGCUCCACAACAAGAAGAGUAACGCUCAGUACCUGUUCACAGACCGCAGCGCACACUUCCUGAUCGACACCCUGGCAGGCCUGGGCUACAGGAAGGUGCUGUGUGUGGGGACACCGAGACUUCAUGAGCUGAUCAAGCAGAGAAACCUGGAGCCCAAAAACGAGCCGAUGAAGAGUCUGCUGCUGGACAUCGACUUCAGAUACGCUCAGUUCUACAGCCGGGAUGAAUUCUGUCACUACAACAUGUUCAACCAUCACUUCUUCGGAGGAGAGGCUUCCAGUGGCGUCCUGCAGACCUUCCUCUCCGACAGCGACGGGGAGAAGGUGGUGAUGGUGGCCGACCCUCCGUUCGGCGGUUUGGUGAAACCUUUAGCCAACAGCUUCUCUCUGAUGUCCCAGAUGUGGAAGAAGCUGCAGAGUCCCGACAGCAGUAACUCCGACCUCUCCAUGAUGUGGAUCUUCCCGUAUUUCUUUGAGCCUCGUAUCCUCGAGUGUCUCCCCUCCCUCACCAUGCUGGACUAUCAGGUGGACUAUGACAACCAUCCUCUGUACAAACACGGGAAGACGGGCAGGAAACAGUCUCCUGUCCGAGUCUUCACUAAUAUUUCACCCAAAGACGUCGUCCUGCCCAAAGAGGAGGGCUACAGAUUUUGCUCUGCAUGUCAGAGGUUCGUGUUGUCUCUCAACAAACACUGUGCCAAAUGCAACGUCUGCCCGUCAAAGGAUGGAAGAGAGUGGAAGCACUGCUCAACAUGCCAGAAAUGUGUGAAACCAUCGUGGAGACACUGCCAGGCUUGUGGCCGCUGUGCUCUCCCAGAUCACCCGUGUGGACAAAGUGAGGGUAAGCAGGGCUGCUUCAACUGUGGCAGUCUGGAGCACAAACGCAAAGCCUGUCACGUCAAAGAGCAACACCGGACCAACAGUCAACGACUUAAAACCAAGGGUAAGGGCAAGAACCUUUCCAAGCGUCCCUCCAUCAAGCCGAAAGGAAAGAGGAAGUCUGGAGCAGCACGCAGAGCCAGGAAGAUGGCCGCUCUGUCUGUGUGACCUGAGGGAUCAUCCAGCAGCAUGACAACAUUCACAUUCAAAGCAAUGAGUUGUUUUUUUUUAAAUAUAAUCUCUAACAUCUGCUCCUGACUCUCUUAUUGUUCAAGUACAAUAAAAAAGAAAAACAA